AUGGGCGGCCUCGUCGCUGGCCCCAUGCAUGGCGGCCGUGUCGCGCGUCGCGUCUAUCACGUGACUCUAAAGGAAGCGCCGGUGCACGGUCAGCUCGCGGUCGUGAAUUGCGGAGAUGAUUUCCAAGGCGGCCGCGAAGCGCGUACGCACUUUAUCUUGCGUGGACCGCCGGGCACGCCGUACGAGGGUGGCGAGUACUGGGGCCAGCUUCUCUUUCCUGAAGAUUAUCCAUUCAAGCCACCGUAUGUAUCAGAGACUAAUGCAGGGGCAUCAAGCUUCAGACACCAAGCGUCCAUGAGUGACUACCACCCUGGCAGUUGGAACCCUGCAUGGUCUGUGGCGAGCAUGUACGUGACGGAGACUUACACAAGUCUGAUUGGACUGCUUUCUUUUAUGUGCACGGACGAAAUGACCGCUGGCUCCGUCAUGGCUACGCCCCGCGAGAGGCGACUGCUCGCGGCCAAGUCGCAUGCCUUUAAUAUAUCGCAGCGCCGCUUUGCACAACUGUUCCCCGACUACAUGGGACCGAUGCCGCGGGAUUUGCCCAACAUGUCACGCCCAGCGAGUGUGGCCGCCAACCCCGCGCCGCCGCAGGUCCAGCCCGAAACGCCGCCUGCGCACCCCACCGCACCGGAUGCCGCCGCUCGUGCGCCGGUGCCGGCGGCGCCGGAGCCCCAGUGGAGCGUGAGGCACGUCGCGAUCUCAGCGUUCGUCGUACUCACAGGUCUCUUUGCUGUAAAGCUAGUAGAAAUGCUCAAGGCCAAGUAG